CAAAAAUUGAAGAACAUGUGUGGCCGAACUUGCUGUUCAUUGGACCCAGACACUUUGUGUUGUGCGUGUGAAUAUAAAGACAUUAAUGGUAAACAAUGUAAACCGACAUGGGCUAAAACUGACAAUGAGGUAAACUAUACUCCAUCAUAUAAUAUGGGUCCACGAGAUGUUCUGCCUUGUGUGGUAUCUGGUUCCCAUUUUCAAGAGGAAGAGGAAAGAGUCCUUUGCCCUAUGAUGUGGGGAAUAAUUCCACCUUGGCAUAAGGGAGAUUACAAAAAAAAUAAAUUAUCUACGCAUAAUGGUCGUUUGGAAAGCAUAGAAACUUCAAAACUGUACUCUUCGUCGUUGCAAAAGCGACAACGAUGCAUUGUGGUUUGUGAGGGCUUCUAUGAGUGGAAAGCUGGUGCAAAUAACAAGUCUCCAAAGCAACCGUAUUAUAUAUAUGCAGCUCAAGAUAAAGGUGUUAAAGCAGAUGAUCCUAUAACAUGGAUAAAUGAAUUUUCUAAAGCAGAUGGAUGGAAAGGUUUCAAAGUAUUGAAGCUGGCUGGAAUAUUUGAAACAUUCAAAACUGAGGAGGGAACACUCAUAUAUAGCUGCACAAUUAUCACAAGAGAAAGCAACAAAAUUCUAUCUUGGCUCCAUCAUCGUAUGCCUGUAUGUUUCAGUAAUGAAGAGGAAUGUCAAAUGUGGUUAAAUACAGAUUUACCAACAGAAGAGGUUAUUUAUCGAUUAAAUAACAUGAUAUUACAAGAAGAAACUUUAAGUUGGCAUCCAGUAUCUACGAUUGUUAAUAAUGUCUUCCAUAAAACUGCCGAUUGUAGAAAGGAAAUAAAACCAAAGGAAGAAAAGAAGAAUAGUCAAAUAGCAUUUAUGGCUUCUUGGUUACAAAAGGGGUCAGCUCCUUCGAAUAAAAGAAAGAGCACAGAUAAUGACACAGAUGUAAAUAAUGAGAAAGAUGAAAAGAUCUCAAAAAUUUUAAAAACAAAUUAAAAUUUACCGAAAAAGUAUAAACUUUAAUUUUCUGUUUGAAUUUUUGAGACAG